AUGAAUAAAAAAAUAGUUCACACAUAUAACAAAAUCUCAGAUGUUUUUUCGAGGGCCUAAAUAAAAAAUGCUGUUGAAUCCCUUGAUAAUUAUCAGGAUAGACUUAAGUUAAUUGACUCAGUCAUUGACAGAAGGCAAUAGAUCAUCCAGGUUAAUGAUUUAUCUAAAAUGUCUCAAUAUGCUCAUCUUUUUAGAAGGAUGAUUCACAGAUAUCGAAGUAAAAAGGAGGGUGAAGCUGCUAAUGAAAGAUUAUAAAUGCGAAUGGUCGUAAGUGUGUUUGCUUCUCAAGAAAAAUAAUCAUCGCCAUGUCUAUAACCCAAAAAUCUAGAAUAGAGAAACCUAGAUCAAAAACGAAUAAGAAUAAAUGAAAUAUCAGAUUAACGUAGGGAUGCUGUUCAAUUUAAAGUAAAUCGAACCUAAAAGAUCACUAAUAUGAAUUCUGAAAGAAAGAGUUUCAAUUAAAGAAGCAAUACUAAAGAAGGUUGUCAAUUUUCGAAUAGAACUUAAAGAGUUUUGAGCUCGAUUGAUGUAGAUAAUAGGUAUCAAGAAAAAGAACUAUAUUUAUUGACUGGGGAGGAUCAAGAGAUUAAAUCAUUAUAAAGUAAGAUAAAGCAAAGUGUAGUCCUUAAAACAAGGAUAAACCUGAAUCAGAAUACUAAAGAUAAUGAGAAUCUUGUAAGAUUGUUGUAAAAAUAGCAUAGUUCGUUAUCCCGUAGAUAAUAUAAGCCAUAUUCUUAGCAGUAAAUAUAAGAUAAUUGUGAGAAAGAAUAAGAAAUCAAAAGAUGUGAUAAAAUUUAGAAUAUUCUUAAUUAGGAAGAGUCUUUCUUAUCAUACUCUGAAAAUCUUCUAAAUUAGCUUUACAAAAAAUCUUCUUAAAUUCAAAAAAAAGACUCUCAAAGUCAGCACAAUCAUUAGAAACUAAUCAAAACUAACAAAGAAAUUAUAGAAUUAUCAAAGAUUAAAUUGGCAUUAUAAGUGUCCUGA